AUGUCUGAAGUCAAUGCGACUAAAGUGGUGGGGUUUCUGCUGUUGGGUUUCCAGAACCCUAGGAGUUUGAACUCUGUUCUAUUUGUUGUGUUCCUUGUGAUCUACAUCUUGACGUUAGUCGGGAACCUGAUGAUUAUUAUAUUGGUGGCCAAGUUUCAGGGUCUUCAAUCGCCCAUGUAUUUCUUCCUCACUCAGUUAUCAUUGUGUGAUAUCCUUAUAACCACAAAUAUAUCCCCCAACAUGCUCCAUGUUAUAAUUAAUGGAGGAAGCACUAUAUUCUUUAUUGGUUGCAUCACUCAGUUUUGCUUUUUUGCUAUUUCAGAAGCAACAGAAUGUUUCCUUCUCUCAGCAAUGUCCUACGACCGGUAUUUGGCCAUUUGUCGCCCGCUGCAUUACACGUCUAUCAUGAGUUUUAAUCUCUAUUUCCAACUCAUUCUUUCUUCCUGGCUUUUAGCAUGUAUAGUAGCUUUUAUUCUUGCAGCUCAUGUUUCUGCUUUACAGUUCUGUGGUCAUGUUAUUGACCAUUAUUUCUGUGAUCUUGGUCCCCUACUAGAGCUGUCAUGUACAAAGCAUCCUCUUAUUGAACUUAUAGAUUUUGUCCUAACCAUACCUUGCGUAGCCGUCCCUUUCUUCUUUAUUAUUUUUACAUAUGUUUCCAUUUUUAUCACUAUCCUUGGAAUUUCCUCCAGCCUUGGGAGGCAGAAAGCCUUCUCCACCUGCAGCUCUCACUUGACUGUAGUGUGCGCCUACUAUGGGACUGUAAUUAUCGUCUAUAUGGCUCCAUCCCAAGGGCUAUCAUUUAAUAUAAAUAAAGUGUUAUCUCUUCUAUAUACAGUACUAUGCCCAUUUUUUAACCCAAUUAUAUAUAGCCUAAGGAAUCGGGAUAUCAGAAUACAUUUAAACAAAUUUAUUCUGAGGAGUUUAGGAAGGAUUUAG